GGGCCCGACACGCGCGGAGCUGCCGGGGAGCGGGAUCGGGGAGCGAGGCCGGCGAGGGCGCGCGGGCAGCUGCGGCACCGAAGCGGCGCGGGGAGCAAACGACGGAACCCGAGGAACCGAACGGAGCGGUGGUGCAGAGCCGGAGCCCGAGCCGCGCCGCGCCAUGGCGCCCACCCUGGCCACUGCCCAUCGGCGCCGCUGGUGGAUGGCCUGCACGGCCGUGCUGGAAAACCUCCUCUUCUCGGCAGUCCUCCUGGGCUGGGGCUCACUGCUCAUCAUGCUCAAGUCGGAAGGCUUUUACUCCUACCUGUGUGCCGAGCCAGAGAAUGUCACCAAUGGCACAGUGGGUGGCACGGCAGAGCCGGGGCAUGAGGACGUGAGCUGGAUGAACGGCUGGCUCAGCUGCCAGGCCCAGGAUGAGAUGCUGAACUUGGCCUUCACCGUGGGCUCCUUUCUGCUCAGUGCCAUCACCCUGCCGCUGGGCAUCGUCAUGGACAAGUAUGGCCCGAGGAAGCUCCGGCUGCUGGGCAGGUUAGCGCGGGUCCCUGGGGGACAGGAAGUGGGCAGGUGGGCCACUGGGCUGAGCUCCACACAGAAGGAUAUCCUGGUCGUACCUGCUUCAGGUGUGCUGUGUGGCUCCAUAAAGGCCCACCCAGAGUGGAGUUCCUACCCUGUCACCCACCAGGUGCCAGGUCCUCUGGUCCUCGCUGUGUUCCUAGCCAGGCACUUGGCCGCGGUGUCCACUGACUCACGAGCUUCGUGUCUCCCCACAGCCCUCUCGGUGCUCAUCUUCAUCGCCCUGGCUCUGAAUGGCUUUGGUGGGAUGUGUAUGACCUUCACCUCAUUAACACUGCCCAACAUGUUCGGAGACCUUCGGUCCACGUUUAUUGCCCUGAUGAUUGGGUCCUACGCCUCCUCGGCCGUCACCUUCCCGGGAAUCAAGCUCAUCUACGAUGCUGGCAUCUCCUUCAUCGCCAUCCUUGUGGUCUGGGCCGGCUGCUCUGGGCUGGUUUUCCUCAACUGCUUCUUUAACUGGCCCCUGGAGCCCUUCCCCGGGCCGGAGGACAUGGACUACUCGGUGAAGAUCAAGUUCAGCUGGCUGGGCUUUGACCACAAGAUCACAGGGAAGCAGUUCUACAAGCAGGUGACCACGGUGGGCCGCCGCCUGAGCGUGGGCAGCUCCAUGAGGAAUGCCAAGGAGCAGGUGGCACUGCAGGAGGGCCACAAGCUGUGCCUGUCCACCGUCGACCUGGAGGUGAAGUGCCAGCCAGACGCUGCAGCGGCCCCAUCCUUCAUGCAAAGCGUGUUCAGCCCCAUCCUGCUGCUCAGCCUUGUCACCAUGUGCGUCACCCAGCUUCGGCUCAUCUUCUACAUGGGAGCCAUGAACAACAUCCUCAAGUUCCUGGUCAGCGGCGACCAGAAGACAGUGAUGGCCACGGUUGGCCUCUACACCUCCAUCUUUGGCGUGCUCCAGCUGCUGUGCCUGCUUACGGCGCCCGUCAUCGGCUACAUCAUGGACUGGAGGCUGAAGGAGUGUGAAGACACCUCCGAGGAGCCUGAGGACAAAGACGCCACCCAAAGCGAGAAGAAGAUAACGCGGGACCGGCAGAUCCAGAAGAUCACUAAUGCCAUGCGGGCUUUCGCCUUCACCAACGUGUUGCUUGUGGGCUUUGGGGUGACCUGCCUCAUUCCCAACCUGCCUCUACAGAUCCUCUCCUUCAUCCUGCACACGAUCGUGCGAGGAUUCAUCCACUCCGCUGUUGGGGGCCUGUAUGCCGCCGUGUACCCCUCCACCCAGUUCGGCAGCCUCACGGGCCUGCAGUCCCUGGUCAGCGCGCUCUUCGCCCUCCUGCAGCAGCCGCUGUUUCUGGCCAUGAUGGGUCCCCUCCAGGGAGACCCUCUGUGGGUGAACGUGGGGCUGCUGGCGCUCAGCCUGCUGGGCUUCUGCCUGCCGCUCUACCUGAUCUGCUACCGGCGCCAGCUGGAGCGGCAGCUGCGGCAGAGGCGGGAGGACGACAAGCUCUUCCUCAAAAUCAACGGCUCGUCCAACCAGGAGGCCUUCGUGUAGCAGCCACCACCUCAGGACUGCGGCCCUGCCUGUGCGUCUGCGGCUGACCCUGCCCUGCCCACCCCAGAGGACCCCACGCACCCCAGGACCCUCGCCAUCCCCAGCUCCCUCCCGGGGCCGGUCCUGCCUCGGAGUGCGGCGGUGGAAGGACGGGAGAGGGCCUGGGACGCGUCCAUUUCCUCCUGCUGAACACAGGGCUGCCUGCCCGGGAGGGACCCAGGGGCUGGGGUCUCCGUGGUGCCUGCAGGAGGAGCCAGGAACCCCUCCCGGCAGCGCUCUCCCGCCAGUGUCUGGAUUCUGCCUCUUGCCAAAGCAGGGGGCUGCCAUCCACUGCCCGCCACCUGCCCCCAGCUGCAUGUCCACAGCCACACCUGCCUGAGGACAAAGGCUCGCACUGUCUCGCCGCGCCUGGCCCCUCUCCCUCCCCGGCUCGUCUCGGCUGCCUGAGGAAGGAAGGGCCUGCUUCCUGUUGUUGGUGCUAACUCCUUUGUCAUUCCAGCCCCUGUGGCCUGGCCAGGGCCUGUCCGGCCAGUGCUGAAGCCCCCUGGCUUACGGCCUAGGGAGGGGAGAGCGGGCUGGGUGAACAUGGUGGCCGUGGCCCUCGCCUCCUCCCCCAGGGCCUACGCGGGGACACGUUUCCAUGGCCACCCUCGUCCUAUCUGCCGCCUGAAGGGAAUUUCAGGAGCACCGCCAGAGCCAGGGCACCGCCGGCAUACACACAGCUGCUUUUUGGGGGUGGAUGUAAGGCUGUGGCCGGCAGACACGGAGGUCCAGGCCGGGGUGGGGCCGUGGAUCAGUGUGUCGGGUUGGGGUGUACAGGCGGGAGCCACCAGGCCUCCAGCCCAGCCAGUGCCCAGGAGCCACCCUGGCGUGGGGCCAGGAGCUCAUCCGAGGCCGCAGGCCCACAGCACCCCCUGCUGGCGGGACCCGCGGGGCCUUGGAGCUGACGACAGGGGAGGCAGGAGCGCCUGACCCAUCAACCCACGCACCUCGACUGCCCCCAGAAAUGUGUCUUGAGACCUGGGGGUGCUUAGAGGGGUGAGCUGAUGUUUGGGUUUUUAGUUAUUUUUCUUUCCCAACAGUUUUAUCAGACUUCUUUUUAUAAAGCAAUAAAUCCGUUCUCCUGGUAAGGGAAGCCCCUCCUAGCAUAUCAGUCUAA